GGGGAAGCUGAAGACUUAAAGAGGUUUUAGCUGAACGAAAGGCAAGCCGUCACCAUGCUGCGAGAAGCCAUAACAAGCGUCGCAAAGUUUCACGGUUAUCUGAUAAGCAGAACUGAUGCCAGGGUCAAAGAUUACCCUCUGAUGCAGAGUCCCCUGCAAAUGACCAGCAUCCUGGUGGCCUACGUCCUCUUCUCCGUGUACGUAGGCCCUCGCAUGAUGGCAAACCGCAAACCUUUCGGCCUCAACCGAGCCAUGAUCACCUACAACCUCUGCAUGGUCUCGCUGAACGCCUACAUUGUGUAUGAGUUCUUGAUGUCUGGAUGGGCCACCACCUUCACAUGGAAAUGUGACCUGAUUGACCCCACCAGCAGCCCACAGGCUCUCAGAAUGGUGCGGGUGGCCUGGUUGUUCUAUUUUUCAAAGUUUAUUGAACUUCUAGACACAGUAUUCUUUGUGCUGAGAAAGAAGCAAAGUCAGAUCACAUUUCUCCACGUCUUCCAUCACUCCUUCAUGCCCUGGUCAUGGUGGUGGGGCGUCAACCUCACGCCUGCUGGGGGAAUGGGAUCAUUCCAUGCUAUGGUGAACGCAGCAGUCCAUGUUAUUAUGUACACCUACUACGGCCUCUCAGCUGCCGGGCCUCGCUUCCAGAAGUAUCUGUGGUGGAAAAAGCACAUGACUGCCAUCCAACUGACGCAGUUUGUUCUGAUCUCCAUCCACAUCAGCCAGUACUAUUUCAUGGAUCAGUGUGAUUACCAGGUCCCACUGUGGAUCCACCUGAUCUGGAUGUACGGCUUUUUCUUCUUCCUCCUCUUCUCCAAUUUUUGGGUGCAGGCCUACAUAAAGGGCAACCGGCUCCCUGCCAUAGAUCACAAGUCAAAGCAGAAUGGGUCGACCAGUGAACACAUCCCUGUAAUGUCCAAUGGUAAACCCCAUGAAAAUGGAUAUGCUAACCACUAUGCUAAUGGUAAAAUCGUCAUGGGCAAAGUGAAGGAAAUAUAAGUUUGUGGCUCUGGAAACAAGGAGGCACAGACGUUUAGUGUAUUUUUUUUUAUUGUCUUUUUUUUUUUUUUAAUCAUCUUAAAUGUGCCACUUAUUUAUAACUAGUAGCAUAUUUGAGAAACAAAGGUUCGAUGUGCUACCUCUGAUUUGAAUUUGUAAAUAGAUCUCUUCUUUUAUGAACUAGUCACCACCGGGAUAUGAUUGGCA